ACUCCGCUAGAGGGCGUUCUCGUUUAGCUACUUCCUGUUUAUAUUUUCGAGACGAGACUCAACGUUUGAUUUCAGACAAUGUCAGAAUACGAAUCUGUAUCUCGAAGUUCUCUUAAGCUGAAAGGCGUAUCGGACCAUAAAGUUAAUAAGAAAAAAAAGAAGAAGGAUAAAGAACGAGAGGCUAUGAAAAUGUAUGAACAGGUUUCCAACUCCAAGUCAUCAGAGGAAGAUGGAAAGAAGAUGAAGGCAGUGGACAAACGGACAAAAGCAGAACAAGCUUUUGAUAGGGCAAGAGAAAAAAGGGACGCAGAACUCAUUGUAGAGAAAGCAAGUAAAACUCACAAAGAACGUAUCAUGUUAUUCAACAGCCAUUUGGAUGCCAUGACAGAACAUUUUGAUAUUCCAAAAGUGAGUUGGACAAAGUGAUGUGUGAUUGGACGAAAAGACAUUUUGAGCUGUACUGGAGACAACACAUGUUGGAACUUUGUACAUGGGAGUCUGUGCGGCACUGUCUUCAGUGUUGUGUUAUGAUGGUGAAAUUUAGACAUGUUUUUCAUCAGACAGUUUAUACAGUUUGAAGCAUACUAUAGAAGCCAUCAGAAAAUCAUUAACAUUGUGAGGAAUGUUUCCUGAGAAUGGUUUAAAUGAUGUUUGGUAGGAUGAUGAUGAAUAUUUAGUGUGAAACAUUGAAAAUGAAUAGCAAAACUUCGAAAAUGUUAAAAUAAGAAUAAAGAUAUUAAUUUAAAAGAAAGAUUGCAGUUUCCAGGAGAAGAUGCUUUAUUUCACUAUUCGCUCUUUCUGAACAUGAAAGAGAAGACCACAACCAUCAUCACUGGGGUGCAGCAUUGAGGUUUAUUGAGUUCGUUAUCUUUUCCUUUGUGUUGUUCAAUUUGACAUGAAAAAGUCUUGAGACACUAGGAUGAUUUUAUUUUCAGGGGAGAUAACUGUAUUUUAAACACUUGCAUUUACAUGUAGAUGUUUGGGUACCACAUUUGGAAAAUGAGGAGCUGUGCCCUUUAAUAAACUAUCUCACUUUUAAAGUACAUGUAAAUCAUCAAAUAAAAAAUAAAAUGUC